CUUCUAAUAUCUUUCCCUGCAGAACGCGGGAAAUGCUUCUCGGGAACUUGGACUGUUGUUCAGCAUUCGAAUUUUCAACUGUAGUUGUUCAUAAUCACGAAUAUGUCAAAUCCAUUUUCAUGGGGCAUCAAAAGCCCUAUCAAUCCGACAAAUUACAUAGGAAUGCGACCAGCAGAAGCUGACAAAGUGUUCGAAAAACUUGUGCCCGUUCAGCUGCAGCUAUCCUCAACAGAAGAGAGAAAACAUUUCUUGAGACUUUCAGUGGAAUUGAUUUCUUCUGGAAUAUCUUCAACUUCAUUUCGCAAGGAUUUACAAAUUGAAAUAACUGAUGAAGAUGAUCCAUACAUUUUCUAUAGCCUUCGGAUGUCAGAAGAUGAUUUCUCUGUUUUAAAAUCUCAACAGGGUCUCUUGAUUGACUUUUCAUCCUUCCCUUCAAAGUUCAUUCAACUUGUUGAACGCUGUAUAUCAGAAUAUCAAACAGAAUCUCCUAAAUUUCUUAUUCUAAUUCGAUACCAGAAUGAGAUGUCAAAACCAUGUUUUGUCUUUGAAAUAGUUGAAACUAAUCCUUUCAAGCAUUUAUGCCACCUUUCUCUCAAACUGACUGAAGGAGGUGAGACUCAAAUAAAGAAGCAUCUCUCACUUAAACUUCGACAACUGAAAGAAGAACAAGAAAGCAACCUACAAAUUAUGAAAGGUUUAGAACAGCAAAUUGACAUUGAAAGAAAAAAUAAUGCACAGAAAACAGCAGAAUUAGAACUCUUGAAAUGUGAUUUUCAAGCAAAGCUACAGGAUAUGCAACAACUACUUAAAAUUGAAUACCAAACAGAGAAGCAAUUGCUUCUCCAAACUAAAAUGGACCUUGAGCAGCAGUUUCGGCAACAUCAGAUGAAUGCUGAGGAAAAGGAGAGAAGCUUUUUACAACAAAUUAAAGACUUAAAAGAAAAAAAUCUACAAAUUGAAAACCAUGCCAAAGAGACCACAUCCCGUUUGGUGAAAACUGAAGAAGAAUGCAAUCGUCUUCAGCAAGAAUUGUCGUCCGCGCGGCGUCGUGGAGCCAGUCUGGAUGCAGAUUUUCACAGCAAGGAGAGAACAGUGAAUCAAUUACGGACGAAAAUAGCCGUCUUGGAACAAGAAUUGAAAGACAAGGACGUGUUAUUAGCGAAGCAGCAGGACCUCUUGACUGCAGCGCAAGAGCAAAAGGGUCGUUUGACGAGUAUCGUUGAAGAAAAGGAUUCUGUUAUCACUCGACGCGAAAGUGCUGUUAAAACUAUGACAGAAGAACUGAUAAAGGCCAACGACAUAAUACGGAAAUUACAAAAUGACAUUCGAAUAUUGAAUCAAAAGUUAAAAACCCGCACAGAUGUUGCAAGGGAGCAAGAAAAAGUAUUGCAACUUAGAGACAAUGAAAUCGCUCGUUUGCGAGAUGAGCUAAAUGGACAUUCAAAGUUGCAAGAUGAAGUUGUUGAACUUCGAAGUAAAAACGAAGAAAAAGAAUCAGCUAUAAAAAAUAACGAGCAGAUUAUAUCGUAUCUAAACAAACAACUCAACGAUCUCCAGCUCAGAUCCGAAACCACUGGCAGAAAUCCUCAAUGGUUUUCCACGCCAAAUGAUAUUAAUGGCGUAGGACCCAAAAUUCCUAUGUCCUCACUAAGGUCCUCUCCACUGCAAUUGGGUCAAACGCUCGAGAACAGAGAAAAUGACGAACCACUAGAUCCAAAAUACUUUCAGCCUAAAUCAUAUGGCGGACUUGUACGCAAAGAAAAGUCAUCCGAUAGAAAUCCGCCUAAUUCAAAACCAUCGGCAUAUUUCAAAAAAUGAUUAUUGUAAAGUCAGAUUUCCAAGCAAGAUUCAACACGUGUAAGACAUAUUUCUUCUUUUAAAUCUAAUAAAUUCUUUAAUGUAACAAAA